AUGUCUGUCCUGUUUUUAUACAACAAAAUUACCAAGAGCAUAUAUUUCACACAGCCCAAGUAGCCAUGGCCAAAAUCCACCAGAGCAUCCAAGCAGUGUUGGACUUCUUUGAUCAGUAUAAGGGUGAGGAUGGCGUUUUGGACAAGAAGGAAUUUAGAGCAAUCAUCGAAAAAGAGUGCAAGGGGAACGUUGAUGAAAGCGUUCUGGAGAAGCUCUUUGAAAAGUUGGACCAGAAUAAAGACGGCAAGCUCGACAUGGAAGAGUACAGCGCCGUCAUAUGUCUCAUGAUCAGAGCUUCCUAUUAUAGAAGAAAGCAGUGUGGCUUCGGAGGGCGUUGCACUGGCAAGGGCUCUAGCAAGUAAAGGCUCACAAUCAUCGCUUUUCUUUUGCCCGCCAAAUUCGACUGGCAUCAUUCUCAGAUAAGCAAGAGAAAUCUGUCCCAUCGUUUGUUUUGUUUCUCUUGAUCGUGGCCACGCAAUAAAAAGCCAUGAAGAUGGAU